AUGGCAUCAAUCCUCUUGCAAAACGGCACCUACAGCAUCAACGAGACCUCUUUAGCCGAAGCGAGCAGAAUGCUAGAUUACUCAGCCUCGGAUCCAAUUCAAGACUUGUCUUCAUUCAACGGCAGUGGAAUUCUUCAACAAAUUGUCGAGUGUACUCGUGCGUCGUGUCACGAAGACGAACAAGGCAAUCAGGUGGAAACCGAUUAUGGUGUUUGCGGGCAGGAGAUCGCGAAGCUUCCAGCCCGAUACGAAGAAGGCGAUGACCUGGGAUCUAUUCUGGAUCCCUUGAAAUCGCUCUGCUCUUCCGUGAAAGGUGACCCAGAAGCUGAUAUCGUCGGUCCAGGGGUGACGGUUUCAUACAUUAUCCAGUUCGCCUUGGGGGCAUGGUUCUUUGUAUUCUCUAUCUUCAUCCCUCGGGACCCGAGUUCAAACAUCUAUUUGAAGUUGACCAGUUGUCUGCACCGUACGAAACGAAAGAUUUGGAAGGAUUCUUUGCCAACCCGAAAGGACUCGGAAAAGACUCGGACGGAAUCCUUUCUGGAACGCUUGUGCGCAUCACGGUUCUCCGUGGCUCUGUUCUCAUCCUUUGUCGAAUUCCAGGAAGCGCAGGCCUUCUUCACCAUCGCUAUACAGUUGGCUUCCAUCUCUCUUGUGGUAUUCAACGAACACGUCCCGGAUCUCGACUGGGACGCCGCUCGGCACCUUUCUUCAGGAAAUGCCCUAGUGGUCCUGAUGGUUCAAACAGAGCUACACCGCAGGAAACUUCACUGGUGGUACACGUAUCUACUCGCAGUGACCGUCUGCGUUUUGGGUCUAGUCAUCCGAGAGAUGGGCGACAGACUUCGAAAGGAAGGUUACGUCCCGCUAUCCCAGUGCGGCGGCCACCGGGAGAGCAUUCUGGAGACGUGCCGCAUUUCACCUAAUAUGUUCGCGGAUGAUUCUUUGGGCUCUGAUCCUUACUUCAGAAUUCCCCUGAUAGGGUUCAUACUCCUUUCCAUUGACCAACUUGUCAACAUCCCUUCUUUGCGAGCGAAGAUGGUCGGGUGGAUGGAGACAUCGAAGAAGGGAUCCCGUCCUCUGAAGUGGGCCUUCGGAUUCAUUUCGAUAGUUUGGAGUCUCAUCUGGUUCGUCGUGAACUUCUUGGUUUGGUAUUUAUUGCUCUCGAACGUCGAAACCGUCCUAACGGCGGCGUACGGGUCGAUGAAUAAAAAGGAUGAAUGGACAUUCGGACAGGUCGUCGCCGUGUUACCUUGGGCGCCUGUGGUCGCGAAGUACAUUUACUACAGCAUCUUCGGGAUUAAAGAUGGAGUCAGCAGUCGAAUAGACAACCACUACAAGGUUGUCUCCAACGACUCGAAGCGUUCGUCGUCGAAACCGCCGCCUCAAUCCGAGGACGAGAUUGAAUUGAGAGGGAAAGGCUAUCAGAGCGUGUCCGGCCGGGAGGAUGUCACGCCGGGUGAGCCGAGUCCGGCGGAGUGGGGCCGUCCGUCUCCGGCAGACGCCGGUCGGUACGGCGACGAGUCUUCCUACAGCAGCAGCUUGCAGCCGCAAAGAUUUGCGUUUCCCAGUCCUUCUCCGCAAUGUAAUAGGUAG